UCGCGGGGGGGUGGAGCCCGUGGUCGCCCUGGGGGCUCUGCUCGGUCACCUGCGGGGGGGGGGGUCCCAGCGGCGCCACCGCAGCUGCUCCAGCCCGCCCCCCCAGUGCGGGGGGCUCCUGCGGGCCCGGGGCCGGCGAGGACACGCGGGGCUGCCGGGGGACAACGGCCGCGUGCCCCGUGGCGGGCGCGUGGGGCCCGUGGGGGCCGUGGGGUCCCUGCUCGGGCUCGUGCCGGGGGUCGGGCGCGGGGGCGGAGCCGCCGCCGCCUCUGCGAUUCCCCGGAGCCAUCGCGGGACCCCCCCGGAGCCCCCUGCCCCGGCAGCGACACCCACAGCGAGCCCUGCCCGGGGCUGCCGCCCUGCCCCGUGGACGGCGCGUGGGGGGCGUGGUCUCCGGCCACGCCCUGCCCGGUCACGUGCGGCCUGGGCGGGGUCGUCAGCGCCGCGCCUGCGACGCCCCCUCCCCAAAAUACGGGGGGAGGGGCUGUGAGGGGCCCGAGAGCCGGCGGGGGGUCUGCGGGCCCCGAGACCCCUGCCCAGUCCCGGUGCACUGGGGUCCCUGGAGCCCCUGGAGCCCCUGCCUGCGGCCCUGGGGCGACAUCAGCUGCCGCAAGGCCGUGGGGCAGCAGCGGCGCACGCGGGAAUGUGUGGGGCACAGCCCGGGGGGCGCCGCCUGCCCCACGGCGCAGGGCAGCAGCAUCGAGCUGCGGGCGUGCUACAGCCUGCAGAACUGCGUCAUGCCCGGGAACUGGUCAGACUGGAGCCACUGGGGGCUCUGCACCCCCCCCUGUGGGAGCAGCCCCACCCGGAGCCGCAGCCGCGAGUGCCGGCCCGUGCUGCCCGACUACCCCCCCACGGUGCCCAACGUGGGCUCUGCCGGCAGCUCCCGGGUCUGGUUCUGGGGGGCGGCGCGGCCGCUCUGCACCCCCCUGCUCGGACAGCGCCUCCGCCUGGAGGAGACGCGGCCGUGCCGGAACGUCCGGGGCUGCCCCAGCACGAGGAGGAAGGAGACUCUCGGUGACCUCGUGGGACCCCCCCGGGACCCCAAACCCGCCCGGAUUGACCCCAAAACCCCCCCGGCCCCUCCCCCCAAUAAAAUCCCAGCAUCGAAACGGCUCCGGCGCCUGUGGGGGAGGGGCGAACCAGAGGUGGGGCUGACGUGA